AUGCCGCGCUUGCCCCGUGCACGCGACGCUGCGAGAUGCGGCGAGCUCAGCGGCGAUUUCGUCUCCGUCCCCGUGAAGGUAUUACAGGAAGUUCGGGCUGCCUGGCCGCCGCUACGCGUGGUGGCCCUGCGCGCAUGGGCUCGCGAAGGACGUCUCGUCUGGGCAGAUUGGUGGAAGGGCGGGGGGGCGGCGCGGGGCUUCCUGACCUUGUCCGCUCUCGCGGCGGCGCCCAGUGCCUGGCGCGAUUUCGCGGCGGAGCAGGGCGCCCGCGCCGAGUCAUGGGCCGCGGGCGACUCUGCAGACGCAGCGACAAAGGCGCACGCCGCGGCGGUGGGGCUCUUCCAGGGCCCGCAGUUCGAUCAGCUGGGGGCUUUGAAAAUGAAAUCUUUCGCUCGGCGAGGGGCGCAGUCGGGCGGGGGGCAGGCUCUGCGAAGCUUUGCCCAGACCCUCGCGGAGCCAGCCGCGCCGCCCGACCGCCCUCGCAUCGCGGCGCCCAGGCUCAUCUUCGAAAGGGAGCUGCGUCAUCGCGCCUGGCGGCCGCGUGCACGGGCGCGCGUCUACGACGGCCUCGCGUUCCACGUGCCAGGUGCAGCCGCGGCGGCGCUGAUGGGGGAGCUGACAGAGUUCGAUGUCCGCCCGGCUGCGCCCUCGUGGCGCGCGGCGGCGGCGGGCGCAGUGGUGGCGGGCGUGUCUGCGCGGUCCGCCACGGUGCCCUUCUUCACGACCGUCGGGGCGCCGGGGGGGGCCGCGGAGCUCAUGGCGCGCCUGCAGGCUGCGACGGGCGGGGCGGCCAGGCAGGAGCAGCAGGCGCCGACCGAGGCCGCGGCGCAGGGGCAGUUUUCUGUGGCGCGCUCUGCGCUCGGAGCGCGAGCGCAGCAGUUUCUGGGCGCCGCGGCCGAGAGGGUGGCGCUUGCGGGUGGGCGCGCGCUCGCGGCUGGCCUCCAGCAGGCCCGCCAGCGCGGGCGCCGUCUUCCUCCAGUGGUCGCGCGGCGGCGCAGGGAGCUAGACGCGGCCAGCGCGCUGCUCAGGCACCCGAACGACGAGAAGGGGGAGCGCACGACGGCUAGCGCUCGCCACACGGCGGGCGCGGCCUUGGACGCGGAGCUCGACGACCUCGACGUCUUCUUCGACGGGCUGCUGGAGGAGCUCGGGGUGCUCGGUGGCCCGUCCACCGAGCAGCCGAUGCGCGAGGAGGCGGCCCACGCGUCGCUGGGUACGAGGUUGGCGAACGAGGGCGUGGCCAAGGAGGAGGGCAAGGGCCACCAGGACAGGGCGGCGUCGCUGGACUGGGGGCGCGGAGUCGUUGGCGCCGAGAAGCUGCUGAGGUGCAAGGUGCUUGCGCCUUGGGGCCAGGGCGGCGCCCCCGUCAACGACAUAGCCCGCGAGUUCAAGGGCGCCAUGGGCGCGCCGCGGAGCUGCCCGACGCUGGCAGAGACCUCCGGCGCGCCGCCAGGCAUUCCAGAGUCCACUUCUGAGUGCGCGAUGAAGACCAAGUGCCGCGGCGACGACUGCCGCUGGCUCUGGCGCGGGCCGCGAUGCGAUCUGGCUGCGCGCGGGGGCUGCGGCGACGCUGAGGUGGGCAUGGCGAGCGGCGCGCUCCUGGGCGCAGCGAGAACUUCAUCGCGGCUAUCCCUGCUGGACGCCCUGGUUGCGCGGGUUCGGGAGCCCCCGCGCCUUGCAGUGAUUCGCGAGGGCGAGGGGGAUCGCGAAGUUGUCGACCGCUGGUUGGCCAUCCUUCAGGACAUCGCCAUUGGGCGCAUCCAGGGCGAGAUCUCGCUGCCAUCGCUGCAUGAUGACCGCGCGGAGAAGCGGGCCGAUGGGAAGAUGGGGGGAGCCGAGCCCCCCGCCAUGAAGAAGGCGAGCCCCGCGAAGUCCAUCAUCCAGGCAGACGAGGCGCACCGCGAGGUCGCGCGCCUGAUGCAGGGCAGGAAGGGCCAAGAGUUUCGACGUGGCCGGCCUUCGCAACGGCGCGACGUCGGCGACGGGUUCGCCGCGGGGGGGGGCGCGCUGGCGGCAGCGAAGCGCAUCCGCGCCAGCGAGUGCUGGUCGAUUCGCGUCUUGCGCUGCGAGGUGGUCGCGCAUGCCCGUGGAGAAACGGCGAAGGCGCGAGGCUACAGCGCCGGCGCUAUCGUGGACAGGCGGCCCGCGCUGAAGCGGCGGGUGAAGAAGCGCAACGGGGGCCAGCUGCCUCCCACCUCGGACAGGCGUGCGUGGGGCAGGUUUAUCACGGAGUUCCAGUAUCGGAAGGUCGCGCCCAAGGGGCGCGCGUUGAGCGGCGGCCGCGCGCACCCGGUGGCCAAGGAGGCAUUGAUGCAGCACGUGGCCGAAGUGUGCGCGCAGGGGAAGACGCGAGCUGACCUCGGCUUCGCGCCUGCGAUGCGCGCGGGCACUGCGCCUGCUAUCGGCCUCUGCUACGCGGCCCUGUUGGCCAUCGCGUGCCUUCCGCUGGACAGCCGAGGCCACGCCCUCGGGCGCGUGCGGCCGGUGGAGCCUGAGCCGUGCGAUGCCUGGGGGGCCUUCGAUCUCGGACGGCUGGGCGGCGCGCUCGGGGGCACCGUCGUGACGCUGCUGUUCGUGAAGCUGGGGGUUUCCGACCACGUGGCGCUAUCGGCUCCAGAGUGCGUCGGCGCCACGUCGGCCGGCGUCACGUACACCGAGAGGCAUGGCGUGGGCCGGGUGCGGCGUAGCGGCAGGUGGGAUGACGUGCCCUACGAUGUGGAUCCAGCUGGGGUGUAUCGGUUAUGGCAAGAACCAACGGCGGCAGCAGAACAUGUGUACCUUCGAAAUGCAGAACUGCUCGCUGAUCAUCGCUACCGCACUGUGGCGGCCAAGGUCGAGACGUCCAUGGAUCGGGCCGUGGCGGCUGACGCCUGGGUGCUGCCCGUGAUGCGCAGCGGAGCUCGCGGCGUGAUCACCUGGGCCGCGUUGUCCGCUCGUGUACGCGAGGAGGACUUCUGCAGAGGCUGGCUCGUGACAGGGGCUCACAGAUCGCUCUGGCGCAUCGAGGUCAUCAACAACGAGGGGAUGAAUGUCGAUGGCCAUGACGAUCGUUUUCGGGCCGUCGCGAAGCUGGAGUCGACGCAAUGGGGUGCGCGCGAGCACUUCCAAUGCAGGCAGUUCGUGCGCCUGGGGCUGAUCUCAGGUCAGUGCGACGAUGCCAACUUGCAGGCUUGCGAGGCGAUAUUCCGCCACAGGCAGACGAUUGAGUACUCGCACGUGGAAGAGGUGAGAGAGCGAAAAGGGGGGAACCAGAGCGGGAGGUUGUGGAUCGAUGAACAGACUCACCUUGCAGGCUCGGCUGGGAUCUCGUGCAGCUCUCGACGGCGUGCCCCGACUUGCUACAGUUCGCGAAGAAGGAAGUGGAGCAUGAGGCUGCCCUGGCGAAGAAUUUCCGUGAACCUCGCGCAGAGAAGGGGGCUCUCCAGUUGGGCGCGAAAGAUGGACAAGUCUGAGGGGGUAUGGAGCGCCCCCUCCGUGGCUCCCAGUCGGCCGCCGAUCGGGGUGCGCCUCCGCGCGGUCAAUUCGCGCGAUCUCCCCUUGGUCACGAUGAGCCCUCUCGACGCGCGGCUCGCAAUCCUCUACCUCUCUCACUUCCGCCGGUCGCUUCUGGUCGCGCUGCCGGUGGUGGAUGUCUGUCUCGCGGGUGCCGUCAGCGGGUUCAACAGCGUCAUGCUCUUCGACGUUCGGAGGGUUGUCGUGGAUCUAAAUUCGUUGCGUCUUUCUCCUGACGUUGCGCCGGGCGGAGAGGGUCAACUCAGUGGUGGGCAUCUGUCGCGGACGCAGCAUCGCAUCAUGGAUCACGCGCGCGGCUCAGUUGGAGCGCUUGGGGCUCCACCGGCAGGCGUCGACACCUCAGGAGCUCCGCGGAGGCUGCGAGCGCGCGGCUUCUACGGUUCCGACGAGGACGUGAAGCUGGGGAACGACAAUCCAGAGUUCUGCUCUCGCUGCCGUCCGCGGGUAGCCACGCGGCUCUUCUCGCAGACUUGCGAGGCGCAGGCGGGCGCAGGCGCGUCGCGGAGUUUGCGCGCGAUAGUGUGCCACCUGCAGGACCGGCGCUGGAGAGGUGCUUGGCAUCUCGAGUAUGUCGACAACGUCGUCGCUAUCUCGGCUGUCGCCUCCAAGGUGCACCGCCUCGCGCCGGCCGUCGUCGGGGGGGUCAGGGAGGCAGGGGGCCUCGCCGUGGCCCAGCGCGUCGACGAGCUCGCCAUCUGGGAGGGGAUCUCGCCGCUGCUGUGGCGCAACCUCAAGGCUGCCGCCGCUGCCGCCGUGUCCGACGACCCUGAGGUGCAGCGGCCGUCCGGGGUGCACGACAGUGGGCCCGGAGGUCUCUGGGGCAUCGGCGGGGGCCCGCCUCGCGCAGGUACUGCCGCUGACGUUCUGGGUUCCGGGCUCGGUGACGCUCGCGAGAAUGCGUUUCGUGAAGUGCCCCUGAAGCUGCUGCAGCGGGGCUGGAAGAUCGCGGGUCGCUACAGGUGGAAGUUCGAGGGGCCGAUGCCGAUUUUCGACGGGGGGCUCGCCGCCCCCUCGGCGCCGCAGCCGCUUGUCUCUCUCGAAGCCCCACGAGUUGGAGUGGCUUCGUUCGGCUGGGUAGGCCCCGUCCGCCCCGCGGCCGCGGCUGGCGGCGAUGCUGCUGCGGGCGACGCCCUCGUCCGGCUUCCCCUCGAGCGGGUUGGGUGGCCAGCGGCGAUGGGCAGCCGGGCCCGGGCGAUGGAGGCGGCGAGGCGGCGAGCCGCGGCGACUGCGGCCGACGGGAUGACGGUCUGUCAGACGCACUCGGCCCUCCCCGCUAUGUUGCGGCAUUGCCGAGGUGAUUUUGCUUCUUUCAAGCGCUGGCUGAAGCGGCAGGGCCGCCCCAUGCCGAAGGGCGAGGUCGACGCAGACCCGGUGCUGGCGCAGUUCUCGGACGAGAUGUACCUCGACGGGGCGCGUCUCAGCCCGGGGCAGCGCGUGCUCGCCGCGGCGCUGUGCCACCCGUCCUCUCUGAGCAAGGUGAUGCGCAUGAUCGCGAUGUGGAUGUGGCCGCACGGCCUCUGGGAGGAGGGGCUCGUGACGCGGCUGACGUUCGAGAUGUGCCGCCGCCCGAACGAGCCGUUCGCCCUCCGCGCGAAGGACCUGGUGCCCCCCGCGGCAGGGGCGCGGGCGGGCGGCAGCUGGUCGCUGACGCCGCAUGCCCGCGAGCGCGGGGUCGCCUCCAAGACCGAGGAGUUCGACCAGGCUCAGCUCCUGGACCUCGAGCGGCAGGCGGGCCUCGGGCCGGCCCUUGCCGCCCUGCUGGAGGCGCGCUUCGGUGCCCAGUGGCGGCUGUCGGUGCUGAAGCGGCCUGCGGGCUCUGCCUCGGCUCCUCCUCUGUUCGCGAUCAGCAGCGCGCAGGCGGGUCAGGCCGUCGAGAAGGCCGCGCAGGCGCUGGGGCUCCGGUUGCUGGGUCAGAUCCGCCACCGCGACCGCUGGCGCGCCCACAGCAGCCUCCGCCGGUGCGAGAAGGGCGCGCGGCUCGGCGAGGUGCUCGAGCGUCUGACGCCCCCUCUGCGUGCCCACGCGCUGCGCUGCGCCGACAUGCUCGCCGCGGUCGCGGCCGGGUGCUGUGGUGGGGCAUCUCGCUCGGUGAUGCUUAUGACCCGACUAGGCAAGAACCAGAACUUGCUGAUGGGCCGGCUGUCGGGCGGGCUCAUCAUCGGUUUCCACGUUGCGCUGCUGUGCCAGGCCUGCGCCUGCAUCCGCGAUCGAGCCCUGCCCUUGACCCCGCCGCCGCAGCCGGGGCUGCCCGUGCGCGCGGCGCCCGUGGCGCCCGUGGUCCGGCACGUGCAGACGCCUCCUCCCUCAGGGCUGCAGCCAGGGGCCCCCGCCGACGGGGCGCUGACGUCGGAGCUGACGUGCUGCGCGGGGUCCCCCGCGGCGCUGUCGACCACGCCCAAGGGCCCGUCGGCCAGCCCGGGCUCGCGCCACAUGGUUGUGGAGGUCGACGCGAUCGCGCGCAUCGUGCUACCGGAGCCCGACGGCAGAGCGGCGUGCGGGGCCCCCGCCCCAGGAGACGCCCCCGCUGCCGACAGGGCCGCUGGCCAGGCCCUCGCCGAGGCCUCCGCCGGCGUGGCCGACUUCGUGCCCCGGUACAACGUCUGCGUGAACCCGCUCUGCCGUCGGAAGUGGAAGCAGCUGACGCCGAAAGUGUUACCGCUGUUUUGUCCUCCAUGCAAGCGCAGCUUGGAGGACGGCAUCCCUGGCAGCAAGGACAUGCCCGAGGCGACCCUCACCGAGAGCAUGUGCGAGCGCUGGCGUGCCAUCUGCACGGAAUUGGCGCAGAUAUUGGGCGGCCAGGACUCCGCCGCGGCGAAGAGCGCGGACGCCGGCGGAGACGCCGGGCUGCGUCUCGCGGAGGGCCACAUCCCGGCCAGCUCGCUCGCCCUGUGGAGCAGCACAUUGUCGGCUUUCGCGGGCUGCUUCCCUGUCAGGCCGGACCCGGAGGACGUGCGCAACUGGAACUCCGUGCACAGCCGACGCAAGCAUUUCCGUGGAGUUAUUCAUAGAUGUCGGCGACGGUUCGUGUGCAUCUUGGAGGCGCAGGAGGAGCUGGAGGAGGACCUGCGCGUCUCGCGCCGGGCACUGCAGGGCGCGCGGGAGUACCCCGUGCUCGACUGGCACGAGGACCUCUCCGAGGGCCAGGAGGUGCUGUUCACCGCCUUCCCGAAUCCCUCCGUGAGAGAGCGGGACCGAGUCAGCCGGAUCGUGCGGCUGCUGAACGCCCCAGAGGGUGGCGCCGCGAGCGAGAACAAGCCCGCGGCCCUCGCCGGAGCAGGAGGGGCCCUGGGGGACUCGUUCAAGGACUCCUUCGCAGACCUGGUGGAGUGGUCCACCCAGCAGCCGUCGGAGGACGUCCCGGAGGCGGACUCCGCGGCCGCCGCCCGCCCGCUGGCGCCAGCGCCGUCGGCGCGUGCCGCGCCGGCGCAGGCGGAGCAGCGCGCGGCCGCGACGCCGCUGUCGCUGGAG